CGAGGUCCCACACGCAGCCUUAGAACUAACUGCUCAUAAUCCCACCUUCCCAUACCGCUGCUCUCAACGCGCUCUCGCGUUGCUCUUCGUCCUCGUCACUUUUAGACCUCCGCCGCAUUCUAUUCUUACCACUCGCGGUUGCAUCUGAGGUAAUAGGAUACCAGAGAAGCUAAUUCCUUGCUUGAACGUCCUGCACGCUAGUAACCCCUCAUUCUUAGUUAUUCAUCCAGCUCGAGACGACAGGAUGUCUGACCAGCAGAGCAGGAUGAACCUGAACGUGGUAUUCGUUGCGACGGUUAUUCUCUUCGUGGUAGCCAACACCCUGCUUGCUGCUGGCAUGCCCUCCAACGACUUCGAGAAAUACGCUGUUCGCUCUGGGCGGUUAAGGACCGGCGGAAGUGCCAAUAAUAACGGCGGUCAUCGCGUUAAGUGGAGAAAGCUCCAAGUUUUGGUCACCUGCAGCUCCAUGAAUCUCACAGCAUGCGGAUCUGUGUGCGUGGACACGAAGAACGACCUGAAUAACUGCGGCGCGUGCGGCUCGUUCUGCGACAUCUCGACGUCGUGCUGCGACGGCAAGUGCACCAACCUCGACUCGAGCCUCGAGCACUGCGGCGGCUGCUACCAACGCUGCCCAGGCACCUGCACCCUCGGCGUCUGCGACUACGGCGGUGCCAGCGGCUACAUUCCCGGUGUCACGCCCGUGCCGUAGGCGUCUGUCUUGGGGUUGGCGGAGGCGUUUAUGCUGGCUGUGUGGAUCCCGAACCGAGGAGCUAGGACCGAGGUGCCGAGACGACGAAGUGGCACCGGCUUACACCCAUUCGUACCAUUCCGUGACUUACACGGAACAUCUCACGUUCUUACUAUCUAUUCUUCAUUCUGCAUGGUUUGAUCGACUCCCGAGGAGAGUGAGCGUCAUUUGGAGAGCGGCGAGUUUGAGGCGCGGACACAGAUGGACAGCGAUCCUGUGCGGGCUCUGUCUUCCCUUCGCAAUACACACGCCCCGUCGCCCACUGUUGGGCGAAAAUAAGUGUGUUGUAUUUGUAUCUCUCAAAAGUAUAUGCAAUGCAAAUUUAUUGCGUUUCUUAGUACAUGGACCUUUACCCGUUGCACUGAGCCAUCUCAGCAGUGCAUC